AUAAAUUACAAUAUUGAAGGAUGAGUAUAAGAAGAUUUAGAAGUGGAGGUAUGCAUGCUAAUUCAGAAGAAGAAUACUUAAAUGUAUAAUUUUAUAAGACUUUUUUUAGAAGAUUGUUAAGUUAGAAAGACAAUAAAAGAAAAAAACUUUAGACUAAGAAGAUGAAUACUUUGAUGGUUUCAUAGUGAAUUCAGAAUUUAAUUUUGAUUGCAUAGAGCAGCCUCAACUGUCCUAGAUAAAUUAAAAAUCUCAUUUUAUUUUAAUAAUGGUUGAUGAUCUAGAAUUAAGUCCAAAAAGACUUUAAAAUAUGUUAGAAUACAGUAAUAUCAUUUUUAAAUUAUUUUUAGCAGACAAUUGUGAAACUAUGACUUAAAGUACAAAUGACGAUUCAUCAACUUGGAGUUCUUAAAUUAUGGACCAUGAUUUAAUAAUACAUACUUAUAAAUUAGAUUGUGUGAAUCACCUUUUUAAUAUAUGGAUAAUAAAUACUAAGAAUAUAAAUUCAACUUUUAAAUGUAUAUAUCAAUUUUUAAUACUAGAUUGUUAUUUCCAACUAUUCGAAGCCUUUAUAUGCAUAAACAAUGUAAACAGCAUUGUUUUUUAAGAGGUUUUCUCAUAAAUAAAAGAAAUAAAUAGUGAUGUUCAGUAAUUCCAUAUCAAAGAAAAUGAUGAAGUAGAAAUUUAUAUUAAGUUAGGUUUCUUCGGAAAGAAAAUAAUUUAACAAUCUUCAAUCAAUUUUAAAAACAUUGAUCGAUUCGAAAUCUUAUUGAAGACAGC